GCUCACACUCGCAGCACUAAAACACACACAGGCAGAGUUCAAAGCCUCGAUCUUCUUUGUCGCCGCCUCUCGCCAGCCCCCGUUUCGUCGCUGCGCCGCUCGCGUCUUCCUCUGCGCCGCCGCGCCGUACGCGUCUUCCUCCGCGUCACCGCCGCUCGCGUCUUCCUGUGCAUCACCACGCCCCUCGCGUCUUCCGCUGUGCUUUGCCGUGGCUCAGUUCUCUGUCGCCCUCUUCUCUGCGUGCGGCCAAGGAAUACUGUGACAUUUUAUUGGAACAUUGAGGCUUUGGUUCUGCUUCUGAACUUCUGCAGAGGUUCGAAAAUGACCAUUUCCUAUGCUCACAUGCUUCAAUUUUCCACUAGUAUCCUCAAUGGCAAGCUAUCAUUUACCAGUGACAAUAAAGGGAGAAGGACACACGUCUUAGCUUUUGCUUCGUUGGAGAGACCAGACAAAAAUAUAGUCAUUGACCCCAAGUUUUGUCAGGUAGACUCUCUGCUGGACAGUGUAAAAUGGGAUGAUAAAGGUUUGGCUGUGGCAAUAGCUCAGAAUAUUGACACUGGAGCCAUAUUAAUGCAAGGUUUUGCAAAUAGAGAAGCAGUGUUUACAACCCUAUCUUCCCGGAAGGCUACGUUCUUCAGUCGGUCACGGUCAACAUUGUGGACCAAAGGAGAGACUUCUAAUAAUUUUAUAAAUAUUCACGAUGUUUUUCUUGACUGUGAUCGUGAUUCUAUAAUAUACUUCGGGAAACCUGAUGGACCUACCUGCCACACAGGGGCAGAAACAUGCUAUUAUACAUCAGUCUUUGACUCACUAAAACAGCAAGAGAUUGAAGGAAAUAGGUUGGCAUUAACCUCUUUGUAUUCAUUAGAGUCGACAAUCUCCCAACGCAAAGCAGAGUUAGCAGAAGAAGAGAAUGGAAAGCCCUCAUGGACUAAGCGAUUAUUGCUCAAUGAUAAGUUGUUGUGCUCAAAAAUCAGAGAAGAGGCAAAUGAGUUGUGUCAAACACUAGAGAAUAACGAGGACAAGUCACGUACUGCUUCAGAGAUGGCUGAUGUACUCUAUCAUGCCAUGGUAUUGUUGGCAGUGAAAGAUGUCAAAGUAGAAGAUGUUCUGCAGGUUCUUCGGCAGAGAUUUUUCCAAUCUGGUAUCGAGGAAAAGAAAAGUCGAGUAUCCAAGAAAUCAGAGCAAGAUUGAACUUAACUCUAAGUACAUAUCUCAAGCACUGUAUUCGGAUUUUUUGACAUAUCAGGAUGUACUAUAGGUGUUCUUAUCAUUGUGACUGAUGAGGUAUGCAUAUGAAAGUUGAGAAUGUCAAGAGCACCAUCUUGAUGUUACUUUUCAACUUCGCUACUAGAUAUCAGUUGUACAUUUUUUAGAGGUUUUCUUAAGUUAAUUUAAGUAUUGCAUUCAUGCUUAUAUGUAGCAAGGUGUAAUUCUGGAUUGAAGACUUAUCUGCAUAACUUUUUGGUCUUCGUAGUUA